CCGACGACGCGGACGUGUAAGGCUUGUGCCGCAGGAGUUUAUGCUGCCGACUGCGGGGCGCCUCGGAGACGAUAUCGCUAUCGCUAUCCUGGCCGAGGCCGACGCGAACGGUUCGCUCGCACGUGCCUCUUGCAUGCCGAGCUUGAGGUGUUCAUUUAAGUGCGUGCAUGUUUUCCGUUUUGUCGGAAGCCAAAAUAUUUGAGUGAGCCCAUACAAAGAAAACUGUGCAAAUUUUGUGGUCCCCUUUUCUGGGGCAAAAUGCAAAUUGAGGCCAACUUAGUUUUAAAGAAGGAUGCGUUUGGGUGUUCGAAAAUAUAGAAUCUUGAGUAGCAAUUAGGUUGACUGCAAGAAACUCAGACCCUCAUUCAAAUGAAAAUAAUCAUUCCACUGCAAAAGUACGAUGGUCAUUCCCUAGUGGUUGGUCGGUGCGCUGGGCCAUAUGUUCCGCUUAGUCUACAUUUUUCCUUAAAUAGAGCCAUGGCUCUGGUCUUCAACCUUACUAAACUUCUUAAGGGUUUUUAAUUAGAACCCUAGAGUAUGAUUGGUGCUUAAGCGAUUUAGUUCACACAAAACAAUUGAUACUACGGUGCGGCGAAAAGACGCAAUAAAGUUUGCUCCAUAGGAACCUUUCGGCGUAGUGUAGUAUUUUCAUUUCCGUACCUGCAUUUCUUUACACCAUUCCGACUUUAAAGUCCCACACUGACUUCAGUUUAAGUGAUUGCGCCCGCUUGCAUCCAGGUAUAUCCAUCCAGGCAUAUAUGUACAUACUCAUUCAUCUAAUGCAAGCUGAAGGCAUGGAACCGAAAGACGAAUGAGAAAUAAUUGCAGCCAAAGAAAUCCCUUGUUAUUGUGAAACCCCAGCAGGUUUCUUUUUCUCAGCACGAUGCUCGCUUCUGACGAAUUGAAAAAGUACUAUAAUUCGUCGAAGACAUUCCUUGACAAUCGAACAAUACACGAACUACAUAUUAAACAUCAGACCCACCAUAUUAAAGCCAACAAGGCGGCAUACGAACUGCCUUGUUUAUUAACAAAAAGGAUAACAACAACAUUUAUACUUUGGAUACGUUGGCAUUUUUAUUUUCAAUAGCAUAGCUUAAUCAUAUAAUUGUCGUUCAAGUACAGGGUAAUUGAAAACAAGCAAGUGUUGAACUUGGUGUUUUAAAAUCAACUUUUAGGGCAAAGUCAAUAAUUAAGUCAAUUUCCUUUACGGGAAAACAUUCAACUAAUGAUGCACGUGCGUUCGGGUCAACUGAAUAUGCUAGCUAAAAUAUGAAAAAUCGAAACAUUGCCGAAUUAGUACUUCCCAAGACUACACAAAUUAAAAUGAAAUAAAAUUAAUGUGAAAAAAUAUGGAUACCCAAGAUGUUGCCGGCGCUUUAAGUGAUUUAAAUACAAUACUCCACCGGGUGAAGUAACCUUCUUAGUCUCUGGAUACCAACGUGCAAAGUCUCUUAUUUUAGGGCUUAAGUGUUUAUAUAAGUUGCCAGAUAAAGGAUAAAGCAAAAAGCGGUUGUUAAAUAGUUGUUUGGCAGACAACCGACUCCGAGAGUGAAUGCACCUAGGGACGUGCUGACUUUACCAGUUAAUGAGCGGUAAAAGCUACUAACUAAAACCUCCGAAUAGACAACAGUACGAGCUUGGUCUGUAAUGCAACUGCCCAGCAAAGCCAAAGCAUGUGCUCACUGCUGCCCCGCCAGUCGAUCCACUGACUACAAAUUGCUCGAAUGGAUUGCCCGAAGGCCAGGAGCCUGGUGCUCACCUUCCUGUGCAUUAUCAGCGCGGCCACGGCUGAUGGUGAAGUCAUUUUUCGAAUCGAUCCGCUGGCUUUGUUAUCUGCCACCUUGCGAACAUAUCAGAAAGCUGCUUGUGAUUCGGAUCAGGUUGUUAUAGCCUGUCCCCGUGGAACCAGCAUUUCAAUUGAGUUUGCCCAAUACAACAAGUUUGUGGCGAAGGAUGGCUACAGUAUUGAGGAGCUCUGUCCUGGAUCCGGCGAAACGGGGCCCGAAAUCCGUGGCAGGACAAAACACCUUCUUCGCGGGUCCAUCUUUGGUUCGUUUUCACCAAAGGUAGCAUCAAACAGAUAUGUAAAUGGCGGCUACGGUCUUGCUGGAUCAUUGCAAUCUGUAAGUGAAGCUACCAUCUCCAGUGGCUCCGAAUCGGUUUUAGAUACGACUGGCUCUGCUGACGACGUGCAAAGUAGUGAUUUUGAUAGUGAAAACUCUUCGGAUAACUGCAUGUGGCCAAAUGCAUUGCAGUACUCCUUACUGCAAACUGUAGUAGAGGCCUGCCAGAAAAAGAAGCACUGCAAGUUUCACGGUUCGCCUCAGUUCUACGGACAGGGUGCCAGUGGCGUGGGUGACUCUUCUGGGACGAGCAGUUAUCACAGCAGCACGGCCAGCUCCGAUGCAAUUAGCAGCGAUCCGUGCCCCAAGCGCAGGAAGAUUGUCGAGGUUGCCUACAAAUGUCGUCCAUAUGAGUUCCGCAGCAAGGUAGCCUGCCUCAACGACGUCGCCCAACUAGAGUGCAAUCCGUAUUCCCGGAUUGCUGUAUAUAGUGCCAGCUUUGGGAGAACCGAGUACGAAAGCAUUCAGUGCCCCCAGCCGCAAGGGGUUCGCGAAGAAACGUGCCUCGCCUCUUAUGCCACGGAAACCGUAAUGCAAAUUUGCCACGGACGUAGACGGUGCAACCUGGCGGCCGACGCGAAUACCUUUGGAAGUCCCUGCCAACCCAAUUCUCGUAUGUACUUGAAGGUUGUUUACACAUGCGUGCCAAAGCAAGUUCUUAAGGAGAGCAAAGAGUCGAAUGUGGAACCAGACGAAACCGAUGAUUUCGAGAGCGAUUUAAACGACCUCUACGACGACGAGCUAAUCUACAAGGAGUCCGAGGCGAUUCCCAAGCUUCAGAGCAACACAACAACGUCUGGUCGCCGCAACAGCACAAGCGGUCUUAGUUCGAAAACCAGUGUAAAUCUCCCAAGCAAUCAAACCAUAACGAACAGCUCUCUGGUCGCAGAUGUCGAUAGCAGUGGCGUGAACCCAGUGAUGACACACAGCGCUGACCUAAGUCUGGAAGAGGACCAGGAGCGUUUAUAUUUGUAUCUUCUUAUUUUGGGCUCAAUAGGGGUGUUUUUCUCAAUAGUAAUUAUCGCCAUUAAGUUAGUGCUUCAAAAACGUCGCGGUCUAACCACUGACACGCACUCGAACUCCUUUACCAAAGGGAGGGAAGCGUCCGGAGGAGUUGAGGAGACGACCAUACAAAGCGGGUUUAAUGACACGAUAUCGGAAAUAGACGCUGACAUUGAUCUUAAAACUCCGCUACCUUUACCAAGCGUGUCCAAAAACGAAAAUUACUUGACGUAUGCGCCGGCCAGCAGCCUGUACGCCGGGCUAACAUCAAACCAGCUGACCACCGUGGGAAGUCCAGGCCUCGGUUCUAGUGUGACGACCAAUCCGCUUUUGAUGGGGGCUCGUCAGUCACCCGACCUCAUUGGCAUAAGCCCUGGUCCCUUUGCUACCACGAAUGCAUGCAGUCAGGGGCAGCUAACAGGUAUAUUGACCUCGGCUAUUGUGAUUGGAGCUAAUGCCCCCAGUAGUAGUGCGAUAAGCACCAUGGUACCCAUAACCUCAUUGGCGCAGUAUACGACUGCUCCGACAAUCAGAGGCGGGUAUAUUAUAAACGCAGAGAAUAUGGGCAUGCUCCAACGGCCAAGUAGCAGCGCAACGCCUCCGACAUCACUGAUCGGUGGCUCGCCUGGCCAUCCUUCGCUCCCCUCACCGUCGCCGAUGGCUACUAUGACUGUGACUCCACAAGCCCAUGUUUCAAUCCAUGUUGGGGGGGCAUCAACGCUGCGGCGGACUAAGCCACCCGUGCUGCAGCCUCAGCUUUCAUACGAUGGCACUGCCCCCCGCACUCUCUCCACCGGUGUGGCCGUGAGCUCCCAGUACUACUAUGGAUGACAAAGAACACUGGACUGCGACCCCCAUGUGUACAACCCCGCGAUGGGUGUGGGGAUAAGUGCCUCGUCUUCAACUUUCAGCACCCAAAAGCCGCUUGAGGCAACAGAUCGGCCAGACGCCAUCGAAUCUUAACAAUUUAUAAAGGCAGUCCCAGGCUCUUCCAGGUUUCGGGACAAUUAGCAUAUAGUCUAAGCUUCCCCCCGGAGUCAAAUGAGCGCAGACCCUUGAAGAGGUCAUAGUUCCAUUGGUCAGCUUCAGAAUAUAAAUCUUUUUAUUUUCACAAUUAUGUUAUAUGAUUACAUACUAGGUUCCCCUGAGUAGAAGUCCCAAACAAUCCACAAAUAGUCCAUUAAGCAUUAGCAUGUCUUUUGCUUAGUUUUCUCUCAAUUUCAAAAGGUCAUAACAUAACAUGCUAGCACUUCUAUAAAGAAAAAGAUUUAGUAGUAAAUAAUAACCAAACUUUUGUGUUUCUAUAUUUUAGAUAAUAAGAUUCGGAUAAUAAUAUUAAUAAAUUUGGAAAUGCCAUACCAACAUUUUAGGGUUCUCCUUCCGUCAGCGUAGGCCUUUACCAAAUUCGAGUAUUUAUUGGCAAUAUUUGUGAAAAUUACAAUCACUUCACGGAACCAAAACACUUGUAUACAUUCGUGCCAAAAUCACCAGAUGGUCACUUAUAUUUGGGGAACCACUUAUGAACCAUCACGCUAGAGUAAAUUUUUUGAGUUUGUAAACCGUGCUGUGGGACUUUGCUUUGUAAGUAGAUUUAAUAGGAGAUAGGUUUUCCCAAUUUUGUUCAUAAAGUUAAAAAUAUUUGGUUGGACUUUAUAUAUUGUUUGGGGUGAGUAUUCAUUUAAACUGUCAAGUGCCUUCCUUAAUAGCAUUUAAGUGUAUACAUUCUGUAUACGUUAAAUCGGAGGGGCUAUGUGUAUACAUUGACGAAACUAGUAGCCAAAGAAAAACCAACCCAAUGGAAUCUAAUAAUAUUCGUAAAAAAAUUUGUAUAUAUAUAGUGUAGAAGCCGAAUGUUGGCAUAUUAGCAAGCCCACAAUUACAGGAAUAAUGUUGGGGAAACUGUAGAUAAAGUGGAAUUAUAAUAAUAACAGUAGAAAAAACAAUUACCCGAAGUCCAAAGUUCUCAAUAGAACAAAAUUAAUCAAGUGUAUAUAACAUAUUAGUUUUGGGCCGAUAUAAGAUUUGAACUUAUCCAUAACAAUAACUGGUAUUCGUGUAUGAAAAUGUUGAAGGCCAUGAAAUAUUUAUACGAAUCAAAAUAUGACACAUGCAUGCAGGCACGUUAACCCUACCCAUUGAAUUCCUGAGUGUCUAUGGAAAGGUAUCUCUCAUAAAAUAAAGCUAUCUCUUAAGAAAUUGAAUUGAAUAAGAACUAUUUCAUGUUGAGAAUUUAAUUAAGAUGAAAUUCAAAAAAAAAAGAAAAAAAAAUAGGUUAGAAUAAGUUAUGGUUAUAGCUAAACUGUAAAAAGAUUUCGGUUGUCUUUUUUCUCAAAGAUAUAUGUAUGUAUUGUAAAUUUUAUACGAUUUAUUUUAAUGAGAUUAAUAAAUGCUAUAAAUGAGUAAUCCAAGAUUGA